GAACUUUGACCAAACUGAAUUCCAGGAUGCCAAGCGAGAGCGUAGCGAUAGUGGCCCGGGCACAUCGAACAGUUUUGAUUGCCGAGUGCGGAGCUGUCAAGCAUUGGGAGAUCUAGCGAGGAUCAGAGCCAAAUCCAGGGUCGUAUGGUUGCAACGGCGCCGGCCCUGGGGACAAUUCGGGGGUCCAGUGCUUGUUGGUCCAGUGCUUUGAGAAUCUAUGCAGCCAGCGCACACCGCUCCAAUAUUCACUGCCCAGCCUGCCAGCCUGCCCAGUAGAAGCCGUCGCCAGAGAGGCCGUCAAACUGCACAACAUGUACGAGGCUCGCCAUCCAGAGUCCACAUACAACGAAGGAGCCGCGGGUCCACCUGUUCCUGGGGUGGUUCACGCCGAGUAAUAAACAUCAAAUCCAUGACGUCAAGACUUUUGAGCCGCGGGAUGCGAGUCUGUCGGGGGCUUUUCCUCGGCCUCGUUGUUGAGCCGGCGGACAGAACAGAAUGCGCAAAUGUCCGAAUGCGCCAUCAACGCCGUCCGUUGUGCUUGACACGGUUUUGGACUGUGUGGUGAGACUACCACUACAGUAGAUAGACUGACAGACUUGCGAAAGGCCUAGCAUGCAUCAUCAUCACCCCCCAUCCAUGCAAGGGCCAAGAGGCUGCCAAGGGGGGUCCCCGUGGAACCCUGACCUGGCGAGCCGGAGAUAAGGGUCGCCUUAUCGUGCAUGCAUCAAUUUACGCGUCGGAACACGCCUCAAUGGUGACCCGCCCGCGUCCAGCUCCGACUCUACGUGCUAGGACAGCGAAGAAAGGACCUCAAAGUACAUUUUGAAUAUUCGACAAAACGCCUUGCGACAUGGAGCAGCCGAUGCUUUCAGUCGACCAGCACAAGGGGCCCUCUUGUAGCAAGUCAACGCCCAAUGUCCUCCCCUGCCGCAUCCAGCACGACGGGCCCGUCAGCGAGGUAGACUCGUACUGGAAACCAUCACAGGAGCCAGGUGGCAAACGGGUGGCUUACUUCAGAGGCCGGAAGCUGCAUGGCAGAGCCCUGCGACUCCCAGAGGGUUACCGGGGCGUCGUGGUCGACAAGACAGAACCUCCAAAGCCUCAUGGACCCAGGCCAGACGAGCCUGAGGUUGUCGAUUUGGACGCCGAGGAUGAGAUGUCGCUAGGCGCGCUUGAGACGAGGGCAGAGUUUGACGAGAUAGUAAUCUGGGGUCACGAAUCUGUGGCGGACACAAACUCUGACCCAUACGUCAGAGGAGUUGAAGAGUGGAUCAAACUAGCAGAGAAGAUACAUGCCUACGAGGCAAAGGGGCAGUAAACUGUUGUUACCAGGGGAGGUUUGGAGUUUGCCUCCUCAUACCUUACCUCACGCUUUGCGUGCUUUCAAUGCUCGAGGUUUCUUGUUCUACUACGAAAACGAAAUGGGACCGGCGAAACCAUGGGGACUCCAUCCUGACUUGUUCAGGCACAUGUUCCCAUUCAUUCGUGGGUGGUCAGGUGGAAGACGAAGAUGCCUAGGUUGACUGCAAGGUAGAUGUUGGUUGGCUGGUUGGCCAAGGCGCGGACUAAAAACAGACUUCCAUUUACGGCCUAGCCUUUAUGCAGCCACUUUACGAUGCCGCGUCCAUGACACGCGACGCGACUUCUACGCGUUCCACAAUUAAUCGGGCAAUUGAUUGCACAUGCGCGCUCCAAACUCUUGCCUGUCUUGACUCUUGACAUCUCAGCCUCCUGCCCGCCCGACCCCUCCUUCCACCACUUUGAUCUUCACAUCACCCUCCUCCCAUAGGCAAUUGUUAUCUCAAGAUGGCAACGGCAGCAACAGCGUCCAGCGAGGCUGGCUUUCCCAUGUCCGACGGCCCUUCCAGAACCCCAAGACAACGGCGCGGGAACCCGUCGAGUUCUUCACUGGGUGGCCGGCCCCGCGGUCCUCCUUCCGAGAGCAACGGCGCACCCAGUGAUGAUGAGGGCAACGAGGGUUUUGAAGAUGACCAGAUCCCCAACAGGCGGCCAGCAGACACACAAAAUAUCCCAAAGGUCGAGGACAAACUAGGCGUCUUGGUCCAGAAGCACUUCGAGGACUUCAUCGAGGGGUUCAUAGAAGAUCCUACCUCUUCAGGCCCUCCAACAUCCAGCGCCAUCACCACAGACAAAUACUACGUCGCCCAGAUUCAUGGCAUGCGCGCGUACGCACUGUCAACCUUUUAUGUCGACUUCAAACAUCUUCAAACAUGGACUGACGGCACGCUUGCGGACGGUAUUGUUGAUCAGUACUAUCGGUUCUUGCCCUACCUUACCGCCGCUCUGCACAACAUGAUCGCCAAACACGAGCCGGCCUACUUCCGCGAGCAUCGCCAGCCCACUGCGUCUAGCACCAUGACCACCUCUGGGGCCAGCAACGUGGGCUCUGGCAGCCAGUCGGGGCCAGGCAGCAAGACCACAAACCAGCAGACAGACAAGGUCUUCUCUAUUGCCUUUUACAACCUGCCAUUGGUCUCCAGGGUCCGCAGCCUCCGCGCUGGAAAUAUUGGCCAGCUGCUGUCCAUCUCAGGGACCGUGACCAGGACAUCCGAGGUGCGACCCGAGCUCUCAGUCGCCACCUUCGUGUGCGAGGCAUGCCGUGCCGUCAUUCCCAACGUCGAGCAGACUUUCCGCUACACCGAGCCCACCCAGUGCCCCAACGCAACUUGCAACAACCGCCAGGCGUGGCAGCUCGACAUCCGCCAGAGCACCUUCAUCGAUUGGCAAAAGGUCCGAAUACAGGAGAACAGCUCCGAGAUCCCCACUGGAAGCAUGCCUCGGACUAUGGAUGUCAUCCUGCGCGGCGAGAUCGUUGACCGGGCCAAGGCCGGCGAGAAGUGCAUCUUCACCGGUGCUCUGAUCGUUGUGCCAGACGUCAGCCAACUGGGUCUCCCUGGAAACCAUGCCCAAGCUUCCCGUGACGAUCGCAACAACCCUCGCGGUGGCGAUGCCGGCGGCAGUGGUAUCAGUGGCUUGAAGGCACUUGGCGUCCGCGAUCUGACAUACCGCCUUGCGUUCCUCGCCUGCAUGGUUGCUCCCGACACCACAAACCUGGGAGGUGGCGUGACAGACAUCAUUGCUUCCCUGAACUCUUCUAAUAACGAGAAUGCGCAGCAGGCCCAAGAGGCAGUCCUUGCUUCAUUUGGACCGUCAGAGAUCGAGGAUCUCCGAAAAAUGGUGCACAGCGACCACAUCUACUCGAGGCUCGUCAACUCCCUUGCACCAAUGGUGUACGGCCACGAGGUGGUCAAGAAAGGUCUCCUGCUCCAGCUCAUGUCUGGUGUGCACAAGUCCACUGCAGAGGGCAUGCAGCUGAGAGGUGACAUCAACAUCUGCAUCGUCGGCGACCCAUCCACCUCCAAAUCGCAAUUUCUGAAGUACGUCUGCUCAUUCGCACCACGAGCAGUCUACACUAGCGGAAAGGCGUCUUCGGCUGCCGGUCUGACCGCUGCAGUCGUGAAAGAUGAGGAGACGGGCGAGUUCACCAUUGAGGCCGGUGCUCUAAUGCUUGCUGACAAUGGCGUCUGUGCUAUCGACGAGUUCGACAAGAUGGACAUUGCCGAUCAGGUUGCUAUCCAUGAAGCUAUGGAACAGCAGACAAUAUCCAUCGCCAAGGCUGGUAUUCAAGCCACCCUGAAUGCCCGAACGUCAAUUCUUGCUGCUGCCAACCCUGUCGGCGGCCGGUACAACCGCAAGACCACCCUGCGCGCCAACAUCAACAUGUCCGCCCCCAUCAUGUCCCGUUUUGAUCUGUUCUUCGUCAUCCUCGACGAGUGCAACGAAAAGGUCGACCGCCACUUGGCUGAGCACAUAGUUGGCAUCCACCAACUGCGUGACGACGCGGUCGAGCCUGAAUUCAGCACAGAGCAGCUCCAGCGAUACAUUCGAUUCGCGCGUACCUUCCGGCCCGAGUUCACCGAAGAAUCCAAAGAAGUUCUCGUUGAGCGGUAUCGCGAGCUACGUGCCGACGAUGCGCAGGGGGGCAUGGGAAAGAAUAGCUACCGAAUCACGGUGCGUCAGCUGGAGAGUAUGAUCCGGUUGUCCGAGGCCAUUGCCAAGGCCAACUGUGUGGAGGAGAUCACGCCGGACAUGGUAAACGAGGCGUAUAAUCUCCUCAGGCAGAGCAUCAUCUCCGUCGAACACGACGACGUCGAGGUCGCUGAGGAUGAUGAGCAAGUAGAGGACGCCGAGACCCUCCUGCGUGCCGCCUCGGAAGCUGCCGGCGUCCCCGCAGACCAGGAUGGCGAUGCAGAGAUGGGCGAGGAGCACGCGGACGAGGAGAUGCCGGAGGCUGGCGGGGGGCUCGCCAGGCCGGAGAGGCGCAAGCAGACGAUCUCGUACGACAAGUAUAUCAGUAUGGUCAACAUGAUCGUCCAGCGCAUCGCCGAUGACGAAGCUGGAAGUGGGGAGGGCAUCGAGGGCGAGGCAUUGAUUCAGUGGUACUUGGAGGAGAAGGAGGACGACCUCCAGGGCGAGGAGGACUACAGCCGGGAGCACGCGUUGGCAAAGAUGGUGCUGAAGAAGAUGGUCAAGGACAAUAUUCUCAUGGGAAUACGCGGCCAAGGCAUGACUCCUGCUGCCGACGAUGCCGCCGAGGGAUCUGCAGCGCCGCAGGCCGAGGCCCGGGGCCAGGACAUCGUCUAUGUGCUUCACCCGAACUGUGCGCUUGAGGAGAUCAGCUAGUAAUGUCCUCUAUUGCCGUGAGAUGUUGGCCAGUUUCUUAGUACUAUUCCAGGAUGGAGUUUCGGAGUACAGGAUCAUAAACGACGCUUUACGAGACAAAGUAAAUUGGAGGGACGGGCAAGCCAUGAUUGAUAAUGUGUAUAGUGUAUACCGCUCGAGUGUGUAUUUAGAUGCAAUGACUGCGCUAUGCACUGAUAUUGGAAA